GCAAUCUGCCGGGAAGUUAGAAAAUCAAUGCAUGUUAUGGUGGAUGGUGUGUUUUGGGUGAAUCGAUGAGCUUGUUACGUGCAAUUUCAUGUGUUUCAGGCUACAUUUUGUGCAUUGUUGUGGCAGAAAAGUACAAGACCUUUGGGCUACUUAAUAAUAAAGAUGUCAAACGCCUCUCCAAUUUUAAAUGGUGAAAACACAGGCGGUGUCGCAGGUUUUUCGACAGACGCUUCCGUCAACAUGGUAGCAGCUAUACAUGAUCACAUUUCGUGCGCCAAACCAGUACAAGUUGACCCGUUUAAUGCCCAAGAUAGUAAAGCAGGUAUACUUUCGUAUUCCUGUGAAUUCGAUCACAUGUAUGCCAGCUUGACAGAAGGAACAACUGUUCAAAAGGAUGGUGCUGAAGUGAAACACUUGAAAGAGUUAUUGCUGUUACAUCUCGAUCUAAUACAACAACAGUCGGAACAGUUGGUGACAAAAGAUAAACAACUCUCUGCUUUGCGGCAAGAAAAUGAAACGCUCAGGCAGAGGUUGGAGCGCAUGGAUCGCAGGGUGACUUUGCAGAAACAUCGGGAAAUUUCAGAAGUAUUUGUGCCAACAUCUGGUGGGUGCAUUAGUCCCCGAGCCGUGUCCCCCCCAUUCACAACGGGAUGUUCAUCUGUAUUUCUUGGCUCUUCAGGAACAUCCAUUAUUGAAUGUGAUACAGAAACCAUCACAGUUCCUCUGGAAACUAUUGACAGUAGCAUACAUAAUAUUAACAUAGGGAACAAUUGUGAAAACUUCCCCAUUACAGAUAAUCAAAACAUUAUUACACCUCGUUCAUCAUGGGAAAUAGCCAAGAGAAGAAGAAGAGGGGAUCUUGAAAAUAGUGGUUCUGCCAGUGGUAGUGGCAUUCGACGGAAACGGCUUGCAUCAUGGACAUCAUCUAUAAAUAGUGAUGUGCUCUCACAUGAUGGAAGAAACUCUCUAACUAAGGAGACAACAGGAGAACAUAAACGAAUGCAGAAGAAACUUAGGACCAAAGGUAGUACCACGAAGAAAGAUGCUGUACUGACUACAAAUACACUAUACUAUACGCCUAUUGGAGAGUCUGAAUUGCCAUGGGGCACUGAGGAGACAAAAUUGAAUGGACAUGUUGAGGUUCCUAGUUGGAGACUUAAGGUUUAUACUAGUUGCUAUACUAUGGAGGGCACUGAAAAUUUAGAUGAUGAAGUCUUCAAUAAGCGGCACCAGAGGCUGGAGAUAGAUGAACGAAGAAGAAAGAGGUGGGAUGUGCAACGUAUUCGUGAACAACGCCAAGUGGAAAAGUUAAAGCAGCGAGAGAUGGCAUCAACAAGGAGAGGUAGUGGAGGCAGUAAUAGUCGGCACAGUGAUGGGGAAGAACCUCUCAGUUCCUUAUGGCCACAGCUAGAUGAUGCUGAAUACCUGGAAAUUACUGAAAGCGUGCCUGUUGCUGCUUUCGGUCUUCCAAUUACAAAGUUUAUAGCUAGUGAAUUUUCCUUGCCUUGGUUAACAUCAGCACGGUGCAAAACUCCAAGUCACACAUCAUCACGGAGAAGAGCAGAGAGCAAGAGAUAGGAGACCGCUGUAUACCAAUUCACUUAACUUCACUGUCCUGAUUUCAGUCUGAAAUAUUAUUUUAAGACAGUUUGUAAUUACUCUUGAUUUUUCUGUAUAAGAAAAAGAGUUAAUUUUAUUGGUCGACAAAGUCAAGCAUUUAUCAGAGAUGAAUAAAAUGAAUGGAAAUUUCAUGAAAGUGUGUUCUUUACUUUUAUAGAACUAAACACCAUUGCAUCUUCAGGGCUACUGAUUGUAUAGUGCAGGGACCUCAUUCCAUUCCAUUAUUCACUGUUUUAUACUCAACACAGACUGUGUGAGUAUGCAUAUAUUGUAAACUUCAUUUUUAUGUGGCAUGAAUUACAAAAGAGAGCAGUCCCUGUUUAGGCUGCACAUUUUUUGUGUCAGUUUUGGAGAGCUUGAAAUUCUGGAUCUCAUUCCCUUCUACAGAUGUAUUUAGAAAAUAUAUAUUUUUUCCUUUCUUGAAAGUACUGUUCUAUUUUAUACAGCCUGUCUGUGUUGAAGUAAAUUAAGGAAUCUCAUCUGCACAGCAUAAUUCUUAGAAAAUAACGGUUUGUGAGUACACAGAUAGCCAAGAAACUGACUUUCCUGUGUAUCAAAUUUAGAUUCUGCAGACAUAUUGUAAACAUAUGUCAUGCAUUACCUGUAGUUUGUUAUUCCUUAAAAUGAUCCUGUACAUGUACAAAAUAUAGGCAAUGACCUCUGAUAAAUUCUUGUUCACAUCAUCAUUUUGGUUUCUGACAUGCCCAUGUACAGUGGAAGCCCCAUUUAAGGUUUCCCUUCAUUUAAUAUUCAAUUUCAAUGAUCCAAAGUCAUUAAUUUCAGUGAUAAAUUACCUGCAUUUAAGAUUUUUGACAGUUUAAUAUUCAAAUCCACUGCUUCCAAAAUCAACCUGUAAUGUGGGUUUCACUGUAGGUACUUAGGUUUGAGGUUAACUUUGCUUAAAUGAAUAUGUCAGAAGUUCUGUGAACUGUGAACCAGAUGUUGAGUUUAUAAGUGUUACAUGUUUUCUGUGAUACGAUGCUGGAUUUAAUGAUAUACACAUUAUACAGAUAGUUGGCAAUGUAGUUUAAAUAAAAGGCAAAGUUAGGCAAGAAGUCUCUCUGCAGGCUUGGCUUGUAGAAUGGGUUCUUGUCUGACUUUGGUUUUAUAUUCUAAUUCAGUACUCAUAUAGUUUUUAAAAUAAAGUUAACAGCUGCUGUCCGCAUACAGAUAUCUUACAGGAAGCAGAAAGGCAAAUCAUCAUUCAAACUUCGAAAAUUCUCCCUCACCCCCUCUCUACAGUAUAUAUGGAGUAGCCAGUUUGUUAACCAGAUUUAUGUAGAAAAUGUAAAAUGUAUUUUUUAAAUUUUCAUUAAAUACCAUGUGUAAGAAUAUUUUAUAGUACUUCUCAGUGUUCAACACAAGUUUCACACAGUAGUCAGUAUUUGCCAUUGCAUGAAAGUGAUACUAGUUGGCUGAUAGAGAGUGUGAUGCAUUGCAGAGAGCAGUUUCUGGUUAUCAGAUGAUGGUGUUUUGCGCCACCUGUUUUGUAUGCCAUCUUCCCUCUCAUCAUUUAAGAAAUUUGUUGGUAACAUGAAACAACAAAUGUUCUUAUGUUGACAGUGUGCCAUUUCUGAAAAUGUGACUUAUUGAGAUCAGAAAGUGAAGAAGUCACUCUGUUUAACUAUCCAGGCAGGAAGCAGAGUCUGUGGCCUCUGUUGUGGACUUUCCUCUGAAUUAUCAUACUGCAGUAGCCAUAUUGAGUAAAACUUCCAUAAAAAGAACAAGAUUAUCUCUUCUCUUUUUAGGAUUCUUUCCCUCUUGGGAUUUGCACUUGUAUAAAAGUCAUGUGAUAUGUGGCAACAUGUUUUCACCAUUAUGUGGAGCAACUUUGUGUAUCUGAGCUGCUUCCAGCAUUACAAAAGUGUAAGUGAAACAAAUAGAAUUCAUGCAAAAUUAGGAUAAUUCUUCUGCCAGCCAGCUUUGUUUUUGAGGAUGUGUUGUAGGUGUGUUUGUAUGUUUUCAUUCAUCUGGUAGACAUUUCAUUGAACAUUUGUGGACAUGUCUGUAAUCCCUAACAUUUUCACAUUUCACAUACAUAGAAGAGUCCCCUAAGAGUUAGCCUUUUGUCCAGCACUACAGCUUAAUGAUGUUUUGAAAAAGAUGGACUUAACAAAUAUGGUGAACCAUGAAUUUCUUCCCAUUUUUCAUAACUGCAAUUGAAUCAAAAGUAACUGAUUGCCACAACUACAAGCCAGUGAUGGAAGUAUCAAACAGAUCAGUAUCUAUCAAUCAGUGUGCCACGCCAUUUAAAUUUGUCUGCAUUUCUACACAUUUAAUUAUAAUUCACAGAGUGUAGUAUAGCAGUGAGAUCCUGUUGUGUCAUAUCACAUAUCUUUUCUGCUGUUUCUUUGAUAAAUUGCUACUCUCUUAAUUAUGGCUCUCUGUGAGCAAAUUUUUGUAGUAUCUUAUUUAAUUAUGAAUUUCAGAACAUUAUUUUAAUUUUUUAAAUUUAUAUUACAGACUACUUUUUCAGAACAGCAGUAUUUAAUCUCAAUAUUUUGUCACUGAUGACAUAUGGUAAUUGUUCCUGAAACCUUGUUAAUGUGUUAAAUUUCCCUAUGAAAUAUGAUACGUAUUAGAAAAAAUUAUAUAAAUGAUAAGCAUAAGAAAGUAUGAAGAAACAAUAUGAAUGUACUUACUUAGUUUAUAUAUCCACACGCAUAACUUUAUUACAAGACGUCAUUUUGUAUGCAAUGGAAUGCUGAAUUGUAUUUAAGCGUGCUGCCGUGUACAGAUGGCUGAGAGAUGCUGUAGUAAAUAUUGCUACCUAAUCAACUGUUGGUUCAGAUUCCUACCAACAUAAUUUUUGGAUCUAGAUGAGAAGAUUUUGAUAGUUUAUGGUCUGUAAUUACAGAAACAAAAAUAAGCAUAAACUUCAGCUGUAUAUAAAUGUUACACAUAAUGGUAUCCAAGUUAUUUUAUUUAUUGUUCCCAAAAAUGCAAAAUUUGCCUCCCAGUUAACUCAGUCUUACAGUAAACCCUCAAUUAUCUUGGGUAAUGGGGGGAAGAAUUGUUGCAGAUAAUUAAAAUCAACAGAUGAUUCCAGGAUCUGGAAAUACCCACUAUCUAUGCUGCAUUAAACUGUCAGAAUCAUUUAAUCUUGGUAAUCUGGCCAUGUGCUAGGCCAACAUGUCCAAUAAUCUGGCAUCAGGGGGCAGACAGGCAUCCUUGGUCUUGUGCAGGUUUCUCAGGCAGCAGAGGCUGACUUGUGUUUAGUCAAGUUCGACAAACUGAUUUAUUUAGACCCUCGCUAGUACAGAGUGUUUCAAUUUUUCAGUACUAUACAUCCCCGUACAGUACUUUUCAUACAGUUGCGGAUUUAAUAUGUGCUGACAAUGUCCAUUUCUGACAAACAUAAACAUAAGACUUCAAGUGUAAUUGCUAAAGCGGAAAUAAUUGAGAAGCAUGACAUAGGUGAAAAACUUAUUAAUUUGCCUAAGAGUGUAGAGUUGGACAUGGUAUGAUAUAUGAAAUCAAGGAAAAUAGAAAAAUAAAAAUAAAUUUGAUUUAACCAUU